AUGUUCCUUCGCUUCGGAUUCAUACUGGGCCAGAGUGGCAUCCUGGGAAUGCUGGGUGCUGCCCCUACUCUUUUGGUUCACUACCUCAUUAAUCUAAUCACAACGCUGUCGAUUUCAGCAAUUUCUUCUAACGGUACUGUGCGCGGCGGUGGUGCUUACUAUUUGAUAUCACGCUCACUGGGGCCGGAAUUUGGCGGCAGCAUUGGUCUUGUCUUCUACCUAGGGUUUGUCUUCAAUACCGGCAUGAAUGCUGUGGGUAUGAUUGAUUGCCUAAUGAACAACUUUGGUCAAGUUGCUGGAAGUUCUGGUCACGUCUUUCGUGAUGGCUAUUGGUAUCGAUAUCUUUAUGCAACCGCCGUGCUCAUCUUUUGUACGGCUAUAUGUGCUGUGGGUAGCCAAAUAUCGGGCCGUGAGAACUGGCAGGAUCUUUUUGGCAUCCUUUUCCCAGCAACUGCCGGUAUAUUCGCUGGCGCUAGUAUGUCCGGUGAUCUGCGCAACCCCAGCAAAUCCAUCCCUAAAGGUACACUGCACGGAUUGUUACUCACCUUUAUUGCCUAUACCAUGGUGAUACUUUCAAUGGGCGCCACUAUCAAAAGGGAGAGUCUCUACAAGGAUCUCAAUAUCAUUCAGGAUAUCAAUGCCUCAAAGCAUCUCAUCUUGAUGGGCGAGUUGGCCUCGUCCUUCUUCUCUGCGCUCAUGGGCGUCAUUGGUUCCGCCAAAUCGCUCCAAGCACUCGCACGAGACGGCGUUGUUCCUGGUGUUUCGAUCUUUGGCCAGGGAACAAAGCUGCACGACGAACCGACCUAUGCAAUUAUCCUCACUUUUCUGCUCUCUCAGCUCACCCUUUUCGGUGAUAUCAAUCAAAUCGCUAACAUCGUGACGAUGACAUACCUCAUGACCUUCCUAGUUACUAAUCUAGCUUGCUUUCUUUUGAAAAUUGGGAGCGCACCCAACUUCAGACCGAGCUUCAGGUACUUCACAUGGUGGACAGCCGCUGCUGGAGCUGUUGUGAGCGGGGCAACAAUGAUCUUUGUUGAUAUACUUUACGCCGGUGGUUGCCUUGCUAUAUUGCUUUCAUUGUUCCUGGUUAUUCAUUACACCACACCACCGAAAAGUUGGGGUGAUGUUUCCCAGAGCUUGAUCUAUCACCAGGUCCGGAAGUAUCUUCUCAGACUUAAGCAGGAACAUGUGAAGUUUUGGCGGCCCCAGAUAUUGUUACUCGUCAAUGAUCCCCGGCGAUCGUGGAAACUGAUUCAAUUUUGCAACGCUAUGAAGAAGGGCGCUCUGUACAUCUUGGGCCACAUAGUUGUCACACCCGACUUUCAGGAAUCCUUUCCCGAGUUGAAGAGGCAACAGGCAGCAUGGAUGAAGUAUAUCGAUUUUAGCAAAGUCAAAGCAUUUCCUCAGAUCUCUAUUGCGCCCACAAUCGAAUGGGGGGCGCGAAAUAUUGUCCUUUCCGCAGGGCUUGGGGGAAUGCGACCAAAUAUCGCUGUAAUGGGUUUCUAUAAUCUUGACGAGUACAGAGAAUCGACCUCACUCAUCAAUGUGCCUUCUGCAACACCGAUAAGCGACAAGACAUCUGCAAACCGCCAGUUGGCCCGCCAAGGUUCACCAGGCAAACGCAUUAGCCAUAUUGUCGAUAACCUGCCUACUGACAAUAUGAGGAGCGAGAAAGCAGUCAGCGCAACCAGUUAUGUUAACAUUUUGGAGGACUUACUGCUGUCAUUGCAGAUAAAUGUCGCUAUCGCAAAGGGGUUUGAGGAUCUUGAACUCCCAAAGAAAGGAAACCACCAUGAAAAGAAGUACAUCGACCUUUGGCCAAUACAAAUGUCUGCCGAGAUUGAAAACGAUGGCCCUGGUACUGGCAGUGUGUUAACUACCAACUUUGAUACUUACACACUGAUUCUGCAGCUGGGUUGUAUCCUUAACACGGUUCCGGCUUGGAAAAAAACGUAUGGAGUCCGGGUGGCGGUUUUUGUCGAAUAUGAGAGUGACGUUAAGGAAGAGCAGGACAGAGUUAAGAAGCUGCUUGAAAAUUUACGAAUACAGGCCGAGGUUUUAGUCAUGUGGCUCUCGAGCGGUGAGCUUCAUUCUUAUGAUGUUAUUAUCAACGGAGCGGCCCCAGAGGACGGUGGCGAUGUUGAGGAGAUUCUCGGGAAAGAGGAGUGGUGGAGAGAACUGCAGAAGCGAAGAGGCCAAGCGUCCUCGCAAGACAGCCCCAACCAUCUUACCGAUCUAGCUCAGCUCGUCAGCGGUGCUCAAUGGCCCAGCAGCAGUUUCUACCAACAAGCAAACCGCACGGGAUCACACUCAGUCUCUGGAGGGUUACGUAAACUUAUCAAGAAGCCUCGAAGAAGACAUUCCAUGUUUGGGCUCUCAAGACUUGGGAUGCCGGUUUCCCUGAAUAUGCGCACACAUCGCCUAAACCCGGAUGCUCUUGACCACGGGUCUGCUUCCGAACUAUCAAGUGACGAGGAAAGUAGCGAUGAGCUCUUCAGUGACGAAGAAUCCAUUGCCAGCGCAGCAAGCGAAAACGACGUUGGUGAAUACGAUGAAGAAAUAUUCUCUGUGCCCAAGGCACGCCGAGCCAGCGUCGGGGAUCCAUUUGGCCUAGGCACGCUCUCCAGGAGAGAAACAUUACGGCAAACCGCUCUAAAAAUAUCUGCAUUCAAGCCCCCCCUUGGCGAUCCAUCUGGUGGACCACCCCACAAUUUGCACCCUGCAUCAGAUUCAGGUGGGAACUCCUCUGGAAACGCGUCGGCUUCGUUGUCCGUCAGACCUGAGCCACCCCAUCGGAGCUCCACACCAACCUUCUCCUGUAAAGCCAUACCCGAUACUCAGGUUGCUGCGGAAGAAGGCGCUGGGCCAAGCAUCAUGUUCGCAGACUCCAAACCUAGGAGGAUAACCAGCCCACCGGCGCAACCCCACCCACUCUCGUUUAACGACCUUCCUUCGAGGGCCCAACAUCUAAUCCUGAACGAGCUCAUUCGAAAGUAUUCGCAGGAUACCGCAGUAGUCUUCACAACCCUACCCUCUCCGCAAUCUGGAACAUUUAAGAGUGAGAAGGAUUCUCUGGAAUACCUCACCGGUCUAGAGGUUCUAACUACAGGCCUCCCGCCCACGCUCCUUGUCCACUCUAAUUCUUUAACCGUAACAACUGCUCUAUAA